AUGUCAGAGGACUCUGCAAAGCCCAAGAGACGGAUCCUGGUAUCCUAUGGCGUUGAUAUAGACGCAAUAGCAGGAUGGUUGGGUUCAUACAAGGGUGAAGACUCGACCAGUGACAUCUCUCGAGUAGGUUACUUCGCUGGCACGCAAGGCGUGAGAAGGCUAUUGAAGCUGUUUGAAAAAUACAACAUCAAGGCGUCUUGGUUUAUUCCCGGCCAUAGUCUAGAAACAUUUCCAGAAGAAUGUGCUAUGAUCCGUGACGCCGGGCAUGAGAUAGGCUUGCACGGUUACAGCCAUGAGAAUCCCGUUGAUAUGACAUUUGAGCAGCAACGCGACGUGCUCGACCAUACCUACCGAAUGCUCACAGAUUUCUGUCAUGGAAAGACGCCCCGAGGAAUCGUGGCUCCGUGGUGGGAGGUCAGCAGAGAAGCCACCGAAUUAUUGCUUCAUUAUGGCAUUGAGUAUGACCACAGCAUGAGCCAUCAUGACUGUCAGGCAUACUAUCUCCGGACAGGAGACAACUGGACAAAGAUCGAUUAUAACAAAACAGCCGCUGAGUGGAUGAAGCCCUUCACCACGGGCCAGGAAACGGGGCUCGUGGAGAUUCCAGCCAAUUGGUACCUGGAUGAUUUGCCUCCAAUGAUGUUCAUGAAAAAGGUGCCAAACAGUCAUGGAUGGGUGAAUCCAAGAGACGUUGAAGAUUUGUGGCGGGACCAUUUCGACUAUUUUUACAGAGAAGAGAAAGAGGGAUUUUACUUCCCUAUGACCAUCCACCCGGAUGUGUCUGGUAGACCGCAUGUCUUGCUCAUGCAUGAAAGGUUAAUUGAGCACAUCAACAAACACGAGGGCGUGGAAUGGGUAACAAUGGCCGAGAUGGUGGACCAUUUCAAGAGUAAACACCAGCCCGCCGAAGGAGCCAUGAUGCCGGCACCACGGGGAGAGAUCCUGUCAAAGAGCCAGAAAUAG